UCCAAAACGGAGCCAUCCAUCAAUCAAAUAAAAAAACGUCAGAGUCAGAGAUCUAAUGAUUUUGGCACGUGAUCCAAUCCUUUCAAUUUACAGUUACUGAAAAAGACGCCAUUUUCCCAUCUCAACGGUACUGUAUCAUCACUCUCACUUCAGACAAAUACACCAUUUCUGCAUUUCGCAUUCUACUCUGAAAUUCCACCACGAGUUCAAGCAUCACUGAAAUUCUCAGAAUGGAGCUACUCCAUUGCCCUUCAGCAAUCCCAGUUCACAAUUGCACCCCAAAAUUCACUAAAACCUCGAAGAAUUGCGCGAAUUUGUUCGGAAAGAGAUUAAAUUCGGUGAAUUUGGGUAGUAUUUUGGGGAAAAUUUUGGACAAAAAUGCGGGAAGGUGUUCUGCAGGGGUUGUGGUUAAUGCGAGGAGUGGUGAUGGCGGUGGUUUAGAGACUGGAGCGGAUACUGCCGUUGUGGUGGAGAAGCCUCCGGCAAAACCGAGUCUUUUUGAGGUGUUUGAUGGCUAUCCGUUGCCGUUUGGUGCCACUUCUCGGGAUGGUGGUGUGAAUUUUGCGGUUGCUUCUGGCAGUGCCACGUCAGCUACUCUUUGCUUGAUUCGUCUCUCUGAUCUGCCUGAGAAAAGAGUUACUGAGCAAAUCUUUUUGAGUCCGAUAACGAAUAGGACUGGAGAUGUCUGGCAUGUGUUCUUGAAGGGAGAUUUUCAAGACAUGCUCUAUGGUUACAGAUUUGAUGGGAAAUUUUCUCCUCAAGAAGGACAUUACUUCGAUUCUUCUCAAAUAUUAGUGGAUCCAUAUGCUAAGGCUGUUGUAAGUAGAGGGGACUAUGGUGCUCUUGGACUUGAGGAUGAAUGUUGGCCACCAAUGGCCUGCAUGGUGCCUUCUCUUACUGACAAGUUUGAUUGGGAAGGUGAUUUACCCCUGAAGUUUCCUCAGAGAGAUCUGGUAAUAUAUGAAAUGCAUGUUCGAGGAUUUACAAGGCAUGACUCAAGUGGAACAGAAUUUCCUGGUACUUACCUCGGUGUCAUUGAAAAACUAGAUUACUUAAAGGAACUUGGUAUCAAUUGUAUAGAGUUAAUGCCAUGUCAUGAGUUCAAUGAGCUGGAGUAUUACAGCCAUAAUUCCAUCUUAGGCGACUAUAAGAUGAACUUCUGGGGGUACUCAACUGUCAAUUUCUUUUCACCGAUGACAAGAUAUUCUUCGGCUGGUGCCCUUAAUUGUGGUCUUGGUGCCAUAGAUGAAUUCAAGUGCCUUGUUAAAGAAGCGCAUAAACGUGGGAUUGAGGUGAUCAUGGAUGUCGUUUUUAACCACAGUGCUGAAGGGAAUGAGAAUGGUCCCACAUUCUCCUUUAGAGGUGUAGAUAACAGUGUCUUUUAUAUGCUUGCACCAAAGGGAGAGUUCUAUAAUUAUUCAGGUUGUGGAAACACUUUGAACUGCAACCAUCCCCUUGUCCGUCAAUUUAUAUUGGAUUGCCUGAGAUACUGGGUAACAGAAAUGCAUGUAGAUGGCUUUCGCUUUGAUCUUGCUUCUAUCCUGACAAGAAGCAGCAGCCUCUGGGAUGCAGCUAAUGUGUAUGGAAAGUCAGUUGAAGGUGAUACUCUCACAACUGGUUCUCCUCUCAGCAGCCCUCCGUUGAUUGAUAUGAUUAGUAACGAUCCAAUACUACGUGGAGUAAAGCUUAUAGCUGAAGCAUGGGAUUGUGGAGGACUCUACCAAGUUGGCAAGUUUCCUCAUUGGGGUAUUUGGUCAGAGUGGAAUGGGAAGUACCGUGACACUGUGAGGCAGUUCAUAAAGGGUACAGAUGGGUUUGCAGGAGCUUUUGCUGAAUGUCUUUGUGGGAGCCCUAACUUAUAUCAGGAAGGUGGAAGGAAACCAUGGAACAGUAUUAAUUUUGUAUGUGCUCAUGAUGGCUUUACUUUGGCUGAUUUAGUGACAUAUAAUAACAAACACAACACAGCAAAUGGAGAAGAUAAUAAAGAUGGGGAGAAUCACAAUAACAGUUGGAACUGUGGUCAGGAAGGAGAGUUUGCUACUAUCUCUGUAAAGAAACUGAGGAAACGGCAGAUGCGGAACUUCUUCCUCUGUCUUAUGGUUUCCCAAGGUGUUCCAAUGAUCUAUAUGGGUGAUGAGUAUGGUCACACUAAAGGAGGAAACAACAACACAUAUUGCCAUGACAAUUAUAUUAAUUACUUCCGGUGGGAUAAAAAAGAAGAAUCCUCAUCUGACUUUUUCAGAUUUUGCUGCCUUGUAACCAAGUUUCGCCAUGAAUGUGAGUCACUUGGCUUGAACAAUUUCCCAACAGCAGAGCGGCUGCAGUGGCAUGGUCAUGCUCCUGGAUUACCAGACUGGUCAGAAACAAGCCGAUUCGUUGCUUUUACACUGACUGAUUCAGUAAAGGGAGAACUUUAUGUUGCCUUCAAUGCUAGCCAUUUACCUGUCACCAUUGCAUUGCCAGAACGGCCGGGUUAUAGGUGGGAACCCUUGGUGGACGCUGCCAAGCCUGCACCAUUUGACUUUCUCUCCAAUGAUCUUCCGGAGAGAGAAACUGCGAUUCAACAGUAUGCUCAUUUUCUUGAUUCCAAUCUAUACCCCAUGCUUAGUUAUUCUUCAGUUAUUCUGUUACUAUCUUCUGAUGAUAGUGCUUGAGUCACUCUAAGCUCCUACCUUAAAUAGCAACAACAUUGGUAAGUCCUGAGAUGCAGUUCCAGGCCCUCAAAAUGGGUACAUGUAUAUAGAGAGAGAGUAGUGCUGCAGCUGGAAAAGAAAUUAGGUACGUCCAAGUAAGUGGCGUCCGCGUAUAAUAUUCAUGUGUCCAUGAAUCUUUAUAGCUAAUGGAUAGAUGAUGUAGCCAGUGCAGAACUCGUUGAUCAUUUGAUAUAUAGAUGAAUGAGAUGGUGACCUGCACAAUUCGUUUGCAGCACUGGAAGAAAAUAAAUUGGGGAAAGCAUUCAGAUGGAUGUAAAAAUCGAAUGGAUUGAGGAUGAUAUAUGUUCCAUUUUUAACCCUAUGGAUGGAAUCUGUUUGGAAAUUGAAGAAAACAGUUCUUUAGGGCACUAUA